GUGCAUGCGGGGUCCGAUCCCGCAUCGGUGGCUGCUGCGGGCGCAUUUCCUCGAAGUCUUACCUCGAAGGGCUUGGGUCUCCCCCGCGAGCCCUGUGCCUCCCGGAGUUUCCCCCACGCCCUUCUGGCCGGGCCGCCGCGAGGCUCCGCAGGGGAAAGACCAGCGGGGGAUUCGCCCCCAGCCUGUAUCACAGGAAAACCCCGGGAGCAGCCCCGACGCAGUGCAUUUCCCGGAAACCCCCUCUCCCGGCGCGCUGCGGGAAGGCCUGGGGCUCCUCGCGCGGACUACCCGCCCGCCUCGCCAAAGGAGGGUCGGAGACCCAGGUGAAAAGCAUAACCGCCAGGAAGAGGCGAGCCCAGAGCGCGGAGAAGGAGAGGUCGGGAAACCCCGCCCCACCCCCUUGUCUUGGGGUGGGGAAUUCGCAACCCAAGCCAGAACCCUAGGCUUGGGGCACGCUCCCAGCCUGCGGCCAAGGAAAGACAUUCGAAGGUUGAGGAUUAGGGACGCCUCUCAUUUCAGCCCCCGAGUUCCGGCGAGCGUCCACCCUGCGCUCCCCGCCGAGCCCGCCCCCGCCCCCUUCCCAGCCCCCGGCCCGCGCGCCACUGCCCCUUUAAGAAGCCCAGGUAGGCAGGCCCGGCUGCGGGAGCCGCUCCUAUGGCAACCCGCGAGCUGCGGCGGCUUCAUGAAUAUUCCGGGGCGCGGGAGCCGAGCGCUGCCGGAGGGCGCUCCGGGGGAGGCGGCCGCUGAUGUAAGCCCGGCGGGCCGCUGGGCUCCGCUCGGCUGCGGCGGGAGACCCGGAACGGGCCGGCCGGGCUCGGCCAAAGGAAGCGAGCCGAGCUCGCGCGUGGCUGGCCACAAAGGCCGGGCGACGGGACAGACUGACAGCCCGCCUGCCCGCGGGACGCACGCCCUAGAGGCGCGCGGGCCGUGCGUUCUGCACUCCAAAGCGGUUUUCCAAACGCCGCGGCCGCAGAGCCGCUUCAACCCGCGCCCAUUGUUCCCCGCGGGGGCGGGGCGCUUGGAGCCGGGCGGCGCGCCGCGCCCCUGACCGCGGGAGGGAGGGAGCGAGCUAGAGAGCGCGGGGUCCCCGCGCCCAGCUUGGCCCAGGAGGAGGCGCAGCGCGGCGAGCCCCGGGACCCGGAGCCGGACUGGGAGCCUCCCGGCGGCACGCAACCUGCCCAGCAUGGGCGCCUAAGGCGGCCCCGUGCCGGCGGCGAAGGACGCGUCCCCGCGGACGGACUGACCCGCGGGUGGACCUGGAGCCGGUCCGCGGCGCCGCACCCGCGCCCCUGCCCCUGGCCGGGCUCCGACCCCUGGCGCCAUGGACAAACUGCCGCCGUCCAUGCGCAAGAGACUCUACAGCCUUCCGCAGCAGGUGGGGGCCAAGGCGUGGAUCAUGGACGAGGAAGAGGACGCCGAGGAGGAGGGGGCUGGGGGCCGCCAAGACCCCAGCCGAAGGAGCAUCCGGCUGCGUCCGCUUCCUUCGCCUUCACCCUCGGCGGCCGCAGGCGGCACGGAACCCCGGGGCGCGGCCCACGGGGCGGCAGACAGCGAAGGGUCGGCCCGCGGCACGGGCAAGUCGAGCACUAACGGCGACUGCAGGCGCUUCCGCGGGAGCCUGGCAUCACUGGGCAGCCGGGGCGGCAGCGGCGCCGGAGCAGGGGGCGGCAGCAGCCACGGGCACCUGCAUGACUCCGCGGAGGAGCGGCGGCUCAUCACCGAGGGCGACGCGUCCCCCGGUGAGGACAGGACGCCCCCGGGCCUGGCGGCCGAGCCCGAGCGCCCUGGCGCCUCGGCUCAGCCCGCAGCCUCGCCGCCGCCGCCCCAGCAGCCGCCGCAGCCGGUCCCCGCCUCCUGCGAGCAGCCCUCGGUGGACACCGCGAUCAAAGUGGAGGGAGGCGCGGCCGCCGGCGACCAGAUCCUCCCCGAGGCGGAGGUGCGCCUGGGCCAGGCCGGCUUUAUGCAGCGCCAGUUCGGGGCCAUGCUCCAGCCUGGGGUCAACAAAUUCUCCCUGCGGAUGUUUGGCAGCCAGAAAGCGGUGGAGCGCGAGCAGGAGAGGGUUAAGUCGGCCGGGUUUUGGAUUAUCCACCCCUACAGCGACUUCAGAUUUUACUGGGACCUGACGAUGCUGCUUCUGAUGGUGGGAAACCUGAUCAUCAUUCCUGUGGGCAUCACCUUCUUCAAGGAUGAGAACACUACACCCUGGAUUGUCUUCAAUGUGGUGUCAGACACUUUCUUCCUCAUCGACUUGGUCCUCAACUUUCGCACAGGGAUUGUGGUGGAGGACAACACAGAGAUCAUUCUGGACCCACAGCGGAUUAAGAUGAAGUACCUCAAAAGCUGGUUUGUGGUGGAUUUCAUCUCCUCCAUCCCUGUGGACUACAUCUUCCUCAUUGUAGAGACACGCAUCGACUCGGAGGUCUACAAGACCGCCCGGGCCCUGCGCAUCGUCCGUUUCACCAAGAUCCUCAGCCUCCUGCGCCUCCUGCGUCUCUCCCGCCUCAUUCGAUAUAUUCACCAGUGGGAAGAGAUCUUCCACAUGACCUACGACCUGGCCAGCGCCGUGGUGCGCAUCGUGAACCUCAUUGGCAUGAUGCUCCUGCUCUGCCACUGGGACGGCUGCCUGCAGUUCCUGGUGCCCAUGCUGCAGGACUUCCCCGAUGACUGCUGGGUGUCCAUCAACAACAUGGUGAACAACUCCUGGGGAAAGCAGUACUCCUACGCCCUCUUCAAGGCCAUGAGCCACAUGCUGUGCAUUGGGUAUGGCCGGCAGGCCCCGGUGGGCAUGUCGGAUGUCUGGCUCACCAUGCUCAGCAUGAUCGUGGGCGCCACCUGCUACGCCAUGUUCAUCGGCCACGCCACCGCCCUCAUCCAGUCGCUGGACUCCUCCCGGCGCCAGUACCAGGAAAAGUACAAGCAGGUGGAGCAGUACAUGUCCUUCCACAAGCUCCCGCCCGACACCCGGCAGCGCAUCCACGACUACUACGAGCACCGCUACCAGGGCAAGAUGUUCGAUGAGGAGAGCAUUCUGGGCGAGCUGAGUGAGCCCCUGCGGGAGGAGAUCAUCAACUUUAACUGCCGCAAGCUGGUGGCCUCCAUGCCGCUGUUUGCCAACGCGGACCCCAACUUCGUGACCUCCAUGCUGACUAAGCUGCGCUUCGAGGUCUUCCAGCCGGGAGACUACAUCAUCCGCGAAGGCACCAUUGGCAAGAAGAUGUACUUCAUCCAGCACGGUGUGGUCAGCGUGCUCACCAAGGGCAACAAGGAGACCAAGCUGGCGGAUGGCUCCUAUUUUGGAGAGAUCUGCCUGCUGACGAGGGGCCGACGCACAGCCAGCGUCAGGGCAGACACGUACUGCCGCCUCUACUCGCUAAGCGUGGACAACUUCAACGAGGUGCUGGAGGAGUACCCCAUGAUGCGGCGGGCCUUCGAGACCGUGGCGCUGGACCGCCUGGACCGCAUCGGCAAGAAGAACUCCAUCCUCCUUCACAAAGUCCAGCACGACCUCAACUCAGGCGUCUUUAACUACCAGGAGAACGAGAUCAUCCAGCAGAUCGUGCAGCACGACCGGGAGAUGGCGCACUGCGCCCACCGCGUCCAGGCCGCCGCCUCCGGCACGCCGACCCCCACGCCCGUCAUCUGGACCCCGCUGAUCCAGGCACCGCUGCAGGCGGCAGCCGCCACCACUUCCGUGGCCAUCGCCCUCACCCACCACCCGCGCCUGCCCGCUGCCAUCUUCCGGCCUCCCCCGGGGCCCGGGCUCGGCGGCCUCGGGGCGGGGCAGACGCCCAGGCACCUGAAGCGGCUGCAGUCCCUGAUCCCGUCUGCGCUGGGCUCUGCCUCGCCCGCCAGCAGCCCGUCGCAGGCGGACACGCCGUCUUCCUCCUCCUUCCACAUCCAGCAGCUGGCCGGAUUCUCUGCACCUGCCGGCCUGAGCCCGCUGCUGCCCUCGUCCAGCUCCUCCCCACCGCCAGGGGUCUGCGGCGGCUCCUCCCCAGCGCCCACGCCAUCCACCGCUGCAGCCACCGCCACCGCUGGGUUCGGCCACUUCCACAAGGCGCUGGGUGGCUCCCUGUCCUCGUCCGACUCUCCCCUGCUCACGCCGCUGCAGCCAGGCGCCCGCUCCCCACAGACCAACCAGCCUCCGCCCCCGCUGCCCGGGGCCCGGGGCGGCCUGGGACUCCUGGAGCACUUCCUGCCGCCCCCACCCUCAGCCAGGUCCCCGUCGUCCAGCCCUGGGCAGCUGGGCCAGCCUCCCGGGGAGCUGUCCCCCGGUGUGGCCGCUGGCCCUCCAAGUACGCCAGAGACACCCCCUCGGCAGCCUGAGCGGCUGUCCUUGGUGGCAGGGGCCUCUGGGGGGGCGUCUCCUGUAGCCUUUACCCCCCGAGGGGGUCUCAGCCCCCCUGGCCACAGCCCAGGCCCUCCAAGAACUUUCCCAAGUGCCCCGCCCCGGGCCUCUGGCUCCCACGGUUCCCUGCUCCUGCCACCUGCAUCCAGUCCCCCGCCACCCCAGGUCCCCCAGCGCCGGGGCACGCCACCCCUCACCCCAGGCCGCCUCACCCAGGACCUCAAGCUCAUCUCAGCCUCUCAGCCGGCCCUGCCCCAGGACGGGGCGCAGACUCUCCGCAGAGCCUCCCCGCAUUCCUCUGGGGAGUCGAUGGCUGCCUUCCCGCUCUUUCCCAGAGCCGGGGGCGGCAGCGGCAGCGGGGGCAGUGGGGGCCUCGGUCUCCCCGGGAGGCCCUAUGGUGCCAUCCCCGGCCAGCACGUCACUCUGCCUCGGAAGACAUCCUCAGGUUCUUUGCCACCCCCGCUUUCUUUGUUUGGGGCAAGAGCCGCCUCUUCUGGGGGGCCCCCUCUGACUGCUGCUCCCCAGAGGGAACCUGGGGCCCGGUCUGAGCCAGUGCGCUCCAAACUGCCCUCCAACCUCUGAGCUGCGGCCCCGCCCUCCCUCUGCCUCCUCUUUUUUUCUCCCUCUUUUCUUCCUUCAGGUUUAACUGUGAUUAGGAGAUAUACCAAUAACAAUAAUAAUUAUCAUUUAAAAACCCACACCAGAAAAAAGACAGCAGAAAAUAACCAGGUAUUCUUAGAGCUAUAGAUUUUUGGUCACUUGCUUUUAUAGACUAUUUUAAUACUCAGCACUAGAGGGAGGGAGGGGGGAGGGGAGCAGGCAGGGCCCAAAUGCAAAAGCCAGAGGAAGGCAGGUGGGGGUGACCCAUGUUUGGGGUUCCUAGAACAGACCUGUCAUUGUAUUCAUUUUCAGGCAGUAGCCACCACCAGGCCCUUAGCUGUGAACUUGGAGCCCCACUCUGCUGGGGGUCAUCUCAUUCCUCCAGGAAGGGCUGCCCUUGGUUUGUUCCUGGGGAGUCCCCUGAGCCCUUGGGACAAAUGGGCCAGGGCCCUGAGAGUCUUGCAUUUUUUUCUACUGCAAACUUAGCAAGAUAUGUAUAUGAAUAUGUAUAUGUUUAUGUAUAUGUAUGUAAGAUGUGUAUAUGUAUAGCUAUGUAGCGCUCUGUAGAGCCAUGCAGAUAGCCACUCACAUGUGUGCACAUGUGUGUGCAAUCUAAUUUAACCCCAUGUUGCCAGGACACCCAGGUCACCUUACAUUCAGCAACCCGCCUUGGCCUGCAGGCUGGGCCACGCAGGGCCUGGGGGAAGGCAUCUCUCUGGUCCUCAGGGAAGAGGACCCCAGGGCCUCUCAGCAGGCCCCCUCCCUCCCCAUCUCUGGUCUCAAAAUCCACUCCCAGCCUCACCUCUUCACGUGGAAGCCGAAGACUCCAGGCCGUGCCUCUCCUUUCCUGUAGGGUCUCAAGCACACCCUGUCACCUCGGUGGCCGUCUGUUUUCCUAUCUGUGCAAAGGGAGGUAAGGGAAGCUUCUGUUGACUGAGUCUGCUCUGUGCUGAGCCCUGGUGAAGCACUUUACACACAGUAACUUCUUCAGCUAUACAAGGACCAGGAGGUGUAAUUACUUUGAUUCUCCCCAUCUCACAGAUGAGGAAUCCAAGUUUGGUAAUUGUUCCAGAAUCGCAUAACUGCAAGUGGCAGAGGUGGGACUGAUCUGAGAUUGUAAUGCACGCUUACCUGAGGCCAGCGCUGAUGGUUCCUUUUCCUAAGAAAAUCAUGUUGAGAGGGGCUGAGUUUGACAGUCUCCACAAAGAGUGCAGAGGGAAGAGACCAGAGUUCAGAGGUAAUCAGACCUGGUUUGAAUCCCAGUCCUGCUGCUUCUUAGGUAUGUCAACUUGCGCAAGUGAUCUGAGCUUUCUGAGUCUGGUCCCCCAUCUGUAAAAUGGGAAUACUUCAAGUACCACCUCGCAAGGACCUAUGAGGACCCGGGGGGAAAAGUAGGACAUGUGAAAUGCCCAGCCCAGCGCCCGGCACAGACCACAGUAGGUGCUCAAUAAAUCAUGGUUCUUCUGCCUCCUCUUCCUGUGCCCAGCACAUUGCCCCAGUGAGCUAUGGUGAAAGCCCCGGGAGUGCUGGCUGCGGGCCCCAGGACUUAAGAUCUCAGGACACAGGAGGCAGCUGGACCUUUCUAAGGGCCUGGGGAAGAUGUGUGGCCAGUGGUGGGCUUGAGCCAAGCCUCCAGGUUUGGUAAGAGUUGGAGGGAAGGAGGAAGUGCAUGGCGGGGAUAUGACUGAGGUGCAGGUGCAGGCGUGGAGUCAGGGCUCUGGGAAGAGAUCUAGAGGUGAGUGGUCAGAAGGAAGGCCUUAGGGAACAGGCUCAGGGGGCCUGGCUUUGAAUCCAAAGGCAGCUAGGAGCCAGAACAGGAUACAGCGUGGGGGGCCAUUGUGAAAACCGCCCAGACACCUCCUGCCAGAGCCAAAGUCAGUGGUCUACCCACUGCCUAAACGGUGGGAGGAGGUUAGGCGCCAAGACCUGAGUAAAGAGGAGAGCUGGCACUGCCCCGUCCAUCCAGAACACUCUUUCUCUACGCCAGAAUGUUGGCAAGAUCAGGUUUUGUCCUGGGCUGUGGACAAAGUUCCUCCCUAGAUGGGCCAUAGGGAGUCUGAGGCAAUCAUCUAGGAGAGAAGAGAGUGAAGGAUCUUAGGGAAAAGACCAGGAGCCACCUGGCUUUCGUCUUUAUGGGACAGAAGGAGCCUCUUGAUCCCAGGGAGCUCUCAGAGCCAUAAAUAGCACCCUCAGCUCGAUUUUUGCACCUGACUCUCCCCCCCCCUCCCCAAGGAAGGCAGCAGCACUUGCUCCAAACUCAGUCUAGUCCUGGAGGGGGUGGGGGGGGAAGAGAGGGAAGAGGAGUGGAGUGGAGGGUCCAGGGCCAUGAAUGGUGAGGACCCUUCCUUGUCAUCAGGGUGUGGCUCCACCACCCUCUUUAAAUGCUCGUGCACACACGCACAUUUUAUAAAAGCUCUGACUCAGCCCACCUGCUGCCUGAAGACCGGUAAAGUCAGGUCCUGUCAUGGGCCCGCCCAACCCUGAUCCCCUAUAAGCAAUUUUCAAAUCUUCCACUUUUAAAAUGGAAAACGGUAAAUGCGCCGGGUUGCAUAUUUUAUUUCAAUAAAAAAAAAUUCUAGCAGAAGCUGCCUUCUUCUAGGGGCAGGGAUUGGGAGGGGGAGUGACAGUAGUGGGGAAUGCUGGAGGCUCAGGAGCCAGGCGGUGGAGGGCAGUGGGGACAUGGUCCCUAGAGCACCUGGGCGCUUGUGUGCACAGGCAUGUGCCCCCAGAGCAGGGAGUGAAGGUGCAAGGGAGUGCGAGUUUGGGCUAGAGAUAAAAGUGUUCACUGGUUAUGGGCUGGUGAGAGUCAUUAAGGAGGAGGAUGAGAGAGGAGGGUGUGUGUGCUAGUGGAGGUGUAAGACUCUGACUUGGGUCCUUCCCACCCCAGCUGUGGGGGCCACAGAGUCCCUGGGACUCGUUGGUCUCCCUGGAGGAUGAGGGUAUUCAGUGUGCACAUGCACUGUAGGUGGAUACUGAAGAGGCAGAUGCAAUCUUAGUCUGAUCAGAUGGGCCCUCAGAAGAUGGAGGUUGGCCAGAGGACAAAAGGUGACCAGGCUCAGGGGAGGGUGUCAUGGCCAGAAGGUUGCUUUUCAGAGUGACCAAGGAGGGGGCACAACCACCAGGUUCCUUCAGGGUUUGGAGGUGUGGCACCCACUCGCCAUCGUGGUGUCUGGGGCGGGGGGGAAGCAGGGGAGACACACCUGACCCACAGACCCUCUGUGAAGCCCUCAGCCACCUCUGUCACCUCUGUCCACAGAGGGUCCCAAGUGCCCUGGGAGCUGAACCUUGCAGGCACAUAGGCGAGAGGCAGUGCCCUGAGACUGGAAAAGUGAAGUCCCUGGGGCUCCCAGCGUGUGCGAGGAGUGCCGUGUUGCCUGCCAGCAGGAAGAGGGGAAAGUCCUCAGAAAAGGGCAGGGAACCCGGUCCUCAUCACUGAUUGCCUAGUCCAUGCUGUUUCCAUAGUAACCAGCCCGGGGAGUCCCGUUGCUAAGGAGGAAGCUCAGCAGGGCCUGCGUCCCCAUGACAACUGCCCCCUGCGGCCCAGUCAGCAGCAUGUCCUCAGGGACCACGGGGAGGGCAAGGCAGGAUUCAGGCCUGGCCUCUGGGGUUGUGGGGAGGCCUUUAUGGACAGAUAGCAGCCCAGGGAUGGGAGGGAUUAGCUGCAGGCUGAGGCAAACCACCAGUAGUGGAUCUGGGCAGAGGAUAGAUACCCUCACCUUUCCCACUCCAAAUUCACCCCAGGCCCUCAGAGGGCCUUUGCUCCUCCACUAGGGGCUGGAGCAACCCUGGUCACAAUCUUCUAUGCUUUCUGACUUCAAAAGGACACUUAGUAAGCACCUACUGUGUGCUAAACACUUGGGGCUUUCCCGUUAUCUCAUUCCAUCCUCACAACAACACUUAAGGGGCUAAGAAUUAGCCUCAGUUACAGUGAGCCAAGGGCGCUGAGGCUCAAACUUGCCCAGACCAGUCAGCUAGAACGUGAAGGAGCCCAGGUGCACACUAGGGCCUGGAGACUCCAAUCCCAUCCCUCCCAUUGGGGGUACAUACCAAGGGCUGGUGGUAGAAGCAGUCUGUCUGUGCAGGCCACAAAGGGUGCAUUGUCUGUAGAAAAUUAAAAAACAAGACUAAAAAUGACUAAAUGUGGUUUGCUUUCUCUUAUUCUUUCACCAUCACCAGCUAUUAGUGAUUCUGAACAGUAAGUGAUAAAAUACUGCCCCCCUCCAUGACAGACAGCCGCCCCCUCAUCCAAAUGCCACCAAGCCCCCUGUUUCAAAGCCAGUGGACAUCUGCCAUACUUAAAGCUACCAGCACCCAGGGAAGGCCUGAAGGCAUCCUCUCUGCCUAAUGGGGCUAAAGCAGAUGGGGAUUUUUAAAAGAGCAUUUUGAGAGUUUAAUAAAAUCUCUCCCUUGAUUCCAUGUUUCUUCCCAGCUGCUGCUCCUCCUCAUCCUUCCAGCCAGACUUCUUCAGAGUUGUCUGGUCGCCCUUUCUUUGAGUCAUAUCUUCCUCCACUGCAAUCUGGCUCCCGCCUCUUCUGCAUGGAAUGGCUUGAGACAAGGUCCCUGUUGUGAAAGCCAGGACAGCCUCCCGGGCCUUGUGCUGCUGCCCUCCCAGCAGCCAGAUCUGCCCGCUUCCAAGACCCACUUUCUUCUUACUGCUCUGCCUUUCUGUUCAACUUCAGUCUCAGAAGAAAGGGCUCUUCUUUUUCGGGAGGCUCAGGGAUUCGGGGUCCCGACUGUUCCCCAUCUUCUCACGCCACGUGUGCUUCAGCCUGGGUGCCUAUUGCUGCUGCCCCUGUGUGGUUCCUCCCUGUUUUUUGCUCCUCUUCUUCUUUCUUGAGUUUGCAGCUUCCAAUGCACUACAGACCUAGUCCUCUCCAACCCUCCUCCCUCACCUUGCUGCUUUUGCAUCUUUAAUUUUCUCUUGAGCAUGGAGUAUUUCCUACAUACAGAAGAAGAUAUAAAUAAAUAUAGUCAGAGUUCCCUGGUGGCUCAG